AUGAAUGAUGAUCAGAGACUACACAACAAUGCGGUAGCUUGGCUGGUCUGCUCGGGGAUCUCCGUUCUAGCCAACACCUGGGGGAUUCUGAGUGUAAGUGCCAAGCAGAAGAAAUGGAAGCCCCUGGAGUUCCUUAUCUGCACACUGGCUGGGACUCACAUCCUUAACAUAGCCAUCCCCAUUACUAUGUACUCUGUGAUCGAGCUCCGGCGGCAGCGCUCAGACUAUGAAUGGAGCGAAGGCCUCUGCAAGGUCUUUGUCUCCACCUUCUAUACCUUAACCUUGGUCACCUGCUUCUCAGUCACCUCCCUGUCCUACCAUCGGAUGUGGAUGGUCCGCUGGCCAGUCAAUUACAGGUUGAGCAAUACCAAGAAACAAGCUGUUCACACUGUGAUGGGCAUUUGGAUGGUGUCCUUCAUCCUCUCCACCUUGCCAGCAGUCGGAUGGCAUGACACCACCGAGCGCUUCUACGCCAGGGACUGUCGCUUCAUUGUCACUGAGAUCGGCCUGGGCUUCGGCGUCUGCUUCCUGCUCCUCAUCAGCGGCAGUGUGGCGAUGGGCGUCGUCUGCACCAGCAUCGCCCUCUUCCAGACCUUCUCCGUCCAAAUGGGGCACAGCGUCGACAGGAACAAGUUCAACGUGCCUGCCAUCGUGGUGGAGGACGCGGAGGGCAAACGGCGCUCGUCCAUCGACGGCUCCGAGCCCAUCAAGACCUCUCUGCAAAUCACCUACCUGGUCACCGGGAUCGUGUUCAUUUAUGAUUUCCUGAUGGGCUUUCCCAUCCUGGUGGUGAGCUUUGCCAGCCUGAAGUCUGACAUGUCCUACAGCUGGAUGGUGUUGUGUGUUCUCUGGUGCUCGGUCAUCCAGUCCCUGCUCCUCCCCCUCUUCCUCUGGGCCUGCGAUCGCUACCGAGCAGACAUAAGGUCCAUCUGGGAGAAGUGCGUGGCCAUCAUGUCCAACGACGACGCAGAUGAAGAGACCAGCCUGGAUGGUGCGAUUCACACCGACCUGAUGUACGAGAGGCCUUACGACUAUAACUACGGAGGGGAUAUCUUAGCACUGGAGCACAUUGCCAAGUACGACUUCUCGGCCCUGGAGAGAGGAAUCCCUCAGGUGUAUCCUGUGCGAUCGGUGCAGGAGAACAAAAUGCAGUAUCUGCAGGUCCCGCCUCUGAGGCGUUAUUCUCACGAUGAAACGGACAUUUGGACUACGGGCCAGAUUUCAGCCUACCUCCAGCGCUGGGGGGCGGGUGAGGACGCGGCCAGGCUGGCCCACCUCCUCAUCCCGCGGCAUGCACAGAAGAGGAGCAGCCUGACCUCCUACCACGAGGAGCGGCUCCCCUACCGCAAGCGCCGGAAGUCUGCGGAGAGCGUCAUCUCACUCCAGCCGCUCUCCCGCAAGGACCUGUACAAGUGCUUCAGCAAGGAGGAAGUGGUGAACUUCAUUGACGAGAGCCCCCUGCCCAGCCCCAGGAAAAGCCCCAUGCACUCGUCUUCCGUCUCCCUCCUGCCUGAGUCUUUUCUGCCCCAGGCCAGCGUGCGCUCCAACUUCCCUCUGACCGACUUUGAGCGGGAGCCUCAGGUGCUGCGCAGGUUCUCGGCGCAGGGGAAGGGCUGCACCCUCGCUGUGCCCAGGCCUCUCCGCGCCCAGGAGGACCCCAGAUGCCUCUUUCCCGAGGGAAACAGAGCCCCCUGCAGGAGCCAAACUCCCUUCGAACUCGGGGAGGCCCAGGCACUAGACAGCCGCCCAGCAAGCAGCAGCUGCUCCGAGUCAGGGGGAUUUCGGACGAGUUUGAGCAUCUCCUGGGGGGAGCAGGACAAUCUACAGAAAGGUGGGAGCAAAGGAAGCAGCACUAGCUUUUUAAGCUCCCCUUCUGCAUCCUCUGGGUAUAUAACAUUUCAUUCCGACUCCAUCGGCUCGGCCUCCUAG